UUGCUGAUGCAUAGGGGAGGUGUGGAUAACGUGGCAGCCUCUCUAUAUUUAUCCAUGGCAGAUGCAUGCACGAGCGCCUGGGAUGCCACCCCAUCCUAUAUUUAACCCACAGGCCCAUAGGCAGCCACAGACAUACGGGGGCCGCUGCUGCACUUGAGACUGCUCUGCUCUCUGGCUGUGUUGAGCGGUGAUACACGAGAAGAGGCACCAUGGUGGUGGGAGGCUCGUCCGAGCUGAAGAUUUCCCUCGGGGAUAUAUUUAAGAAGUUCAACCGCGCGCCCGUCACGCAAGGGCCAUCCUCACAACCCACGUCCCCCGGCACGAGAGACGAGCCAAGUGGCGCGGAGAAGACUGAUGGGAAGGGAUCACAAAGUCGGCAGGAUGACCCGGGUAACGCGAGCGAUCGGAACUUCGGUGCUUCCAAGAAGUUGCAGGAAAGGGCGGUGAACGGUAGAGUGGUGGAGCGAGGUGCACGGGAGGACCGUUGUGUCCCUGACAAGUCUAGUGAUGCGCAACCAGAGUGCGCACUGAGGCCGGCUCAGGUGGAUCAAGCAAAGGAUAGGAGGCGGAAUGGUGAGGUGAUCGAGCAAGGUGGAACGUUGGGGAGAAGUAAUGUUUUAAACAAGUUAAUCAAUGAUCAGCUGGAGAAAAAGUUGAGUUCGAUUCUGUCAGAAAAACUACAGCAGAGGAUGCAGAAUGGUGAGGUGAUUGAGAAAGGUGGAAUGUUGGAAGGAAGUAAUGUUUUAAACGAGUCAAGCGAUGAGCAGCUGAAGCAAGAAUUGAGUUUGACACGGUCAGAAAAGCUAAAGGAGAGGAGGCGGAAUGGUGAGAUGAUUAAGCAACGUGGAAUGUUGGAAGCAAAAGGUGUUUCAAUUGAGUCCAACAUAAAGACUGAGAAGCAAUCCCAUGAACUAAGUUCAGGUCAACGAGAGAAGCCAUCAAAAGAUAAAAGACUCGAGAACAAGGCCUGUGGUGAAUCUGGGGAGAAUGGUGACAGAGAUAUUUUAAAUGUGUCAAAUGGCGACUUGCCCAUUAGUGAGGUCAAAUCAACUCUGUUCGAAAAGCCAUUGCAGGAAGAUAAAGCAGCAGACAAUGUUACAACUCAAAAUGGCAAAGAAAUGCGAGACCUUAUAAACGAGUCGAUUUUGAACCAUCGCAGCGGCCCGGGGCUCAGGCGUGUAGGUCUACAACCUCAGCAGAAGCAGCCGCAACAGCAACAGACACAACAGGAACAGCCAUCGCAAGGAAAAAGGCGCGAACAAUGGCGUGUAGUUGAGCCAGCAGGUAACCAGGACGCUGCAGCAGAUUCAGCUGCUUUUGCAGACCCUCCUCCCGACUCAUCAGAGUCUGUCGACUCAGAUGAAUCAGCGCAGGAGGAUUCGACGCGCAGUGUCGUGUGGAAUGGGGUCAUGGAAGAAUUACGAGAUCGCGCGGCUGCAAAGAAGGCUGCGAGCUUCCGUUUGAUCAACAGGUCGAGUCAGCCUGCGGUAAAGAGACCCAAUCGCGGAGCGAAUGAGCUGAGCGAAGGACUGAAGACAAACACAAGCACUGUACAGCCUACCUCCGAUCCGUCAGCUAACACCAGUUUAAAAUCUGAAUGUUUGGAGCAGCAGGUUGGGAACGCUGAAACUCGGGCUGAUGGUACCAAGCAAUGCGAGCCUUCGUCCACCAUCGGCCGGAUUGCGACCUCGAAUGGGUGUAAACCAGAGCAAAAAAAAACUGUACCAAACGAUUCAAUAACAAAGCAAGGCUCCACUGUUGAUCUAUCAAAAGAUUCCAUCCAUCCUCAGGCAAGCGUUGCCAUCAGCUCCCGCAAUUCAGAGCCUCCUGUGCAACGAUCCAGGGGACUUCAAUGCGGCAUCAACAAGGGCACCAAUCUGGCGUCUCAAGACCGUUCUGCUGAACCGCAAACAGAAAAGCCUGUUAGUAUGAGCAAAACAUUGGAGUCGACUCAGCUGGAGAAGCCACUGCGCUGUGAGACUGAUCAAUGUUGUACGACUGAAUCUCAAAGUCCCACCAAACCAGCUUCUGCCCGUUCGCCAAUCAGCUGCCCUUUGUUGCAAUCCGCCCCUCUGCAACAUCUGAAUAAGCCCAUUGCAGGAGAUCGACCUGUAAAUGCACAAGUUAAGAACCAGGCGAUCGGUCCAAUGACGCCCCCACCAACGAAUGAGAAUACACUGUGUUCUUCAAAAAUGGUGAUUACCCUGUCGAGUGGGUGGGGCAAGACGAACUAUGAGUCGACCCCGGCGAACGCCCGACACUUAUCUCGCAGCACUUCGCAGGUGUCCAUCUCCCAGAAGACCUCGUCAGACCAAGGUGUUUAUUCAGGUAUCCCACCAGCUUACUCCAAUGGCACCCUCAGCCCGACUGAACGUGUUCCAGUGGGGUCCCUCCAAACGAAGCAAGACAGGUCCAGUGAUCAUAAAUCUGAGCCAAAGCAAGACACCAGUGGCUCCAAAGAGGACUUUAAUGAAUCUAGGACAAUCAAAGAGGUAUCAAAACUAAGCUUCAAUUUAUCAGGACCAACCUCGCCUACUACUAGCACUGCAGGAAAGACCUUUAGGAUAUGCAAUCCAUCGACAGAUACAUGCCAAAGUAUAACCGCCAACAUAAAGCUGAAAGAGUCAGUUCCAGAGAAUGUUUAUGUGGAAGUGAAAAAACCUGUCGCCAGCCCAUUAGCUUCCCCAAUCUCCAGUGAGGUGCACGUUGUGAAGAAGGACUCAGUCAAUCGAGGACAAACACCAACUGCAGUUACACCCAAGGUACAGCCGGAGAAAUGCACUCCCAUGCAGACUGCAAAGCAGCUUAGUCAGCUGAACGGGGUAUCCGCUGAGCAUGACUCCACCAACAUGACGGUCAUGGAAGAUCAAGAACCAUCAAGAACCCACAGCAUCCGAGACGACCAGCUUCAGAGCAAUGGGGUGGUCAAACAGGAAUUGAAAAAAGUCACACAUUCGGACAUACAACCAAAGCAGGAACCCCGUAAGCCCCAAUGUGCAACAGAUUUAGGGAGCAACAAGAAAGGGAUGGACUUGGAGCCCAAAGGGGGUUCGCAGCCUCCAGUGUCAGCAGCAGCAGCAGCAGGUACAAGCAGACGCCCACGGGUCCCUCUCAGCAACAACAGUAGCAGGGAGUGUGGCGUCGGUGGUCCGCGCGUCCCGCCCGGCUCGGGUGGCUGUGUCGGUGGGCUGCGCAGCGCCUGGGAGCAAUGGUCGGACGACUACACAGAGAGGCAGAAGCUGAACCCAUUCAGCCAGCGCUUCGACAUGGAGCAGGCGCUGUCCACGCUGCCGCAGAAGGGCGAAGAGGGCUACGGGAGGCCCAAGGAGGGCACGCGGACGGCCGAGAGGGCGGCUCGCGCGCAACAGGACGUGCGCAAAGAGAUGCUGGAGAUGUGCUACCUCAUCCGGCGCAUCGGUGAGCCGGGGAGCGACGGGCGCAAGCAGGUUGCCUUUGGGCAUCUCUUCCACACGUACGCCCGUGUCUCCGACAAGCUCGUGGGCAUCCUGCUGCGGGCUCGCAAGCAUGGGCUGGUGGACUUUGAAGGCGAGAUGCUGUGGCAGGGACGCGACGACCACGUGCAGAUCACUCUGCUUUCCUGACCACGUGGUGGCACGAAUCAAAGCGGCACAAAGAAGCGGGGUGGGGCUUAAAGGAGGCUGUGCCGCCCAUAUGGAGGCGGUGGUGUGAUGUCGAGUUGCCACCUGUCCCGGUUUUCCGGGAUCGUCUUUUUGUUAAGAGAUAGAGUUAGGGCUGGGAAAUAUGUACGUCUUCCUCAGACGUUAAAAUUGCAUUGUAAGUAUGAUUUCAUUUAUCUAACCACUUUGAACUAGCGUUGGUGGAUCACGCUUGAGAUGGAGCAAUAAAAAUGUGCGUUACGCGCACCUUCAGGGAAAAUUUUUAAUACAUAUAAGGGGGCGGGUACAGCAAAUAGGUAUGUAAUUAUAUUGUGCUGAAGGUUAUUAUUGUUAUUUUAAUUCAGGACGCUCAGGUUCCCUCUGCCUCCAACGGCCACGGAAACACCACGACAACAAAAAAGACAUCUCACGUAUUCCCAAAUCGCUCGAUUUUGACGGAUCUCUGAAGCUAAGCAGGGCAGGGGAGGGGGGUUGGUCCUGGAGAGUGGCUUCUAUGGAGCGACCACCACGGGUAAAAACAGGUGCCACAGGUUGUCGUGGGUGCAGAAGAGGGAUGGUGGUGGUGGGGGGAACCAAUGUAGCAGAAUCAACUGUUGCCCUGUGCUCUGAUUUUUACGCUUACCGCACUUCAACCCACCGGAGUGGUGACGUGUGGUCACGUUACCCGCGGUGACGUCACGACCCCGUGACGUCAUCCGCGGGUGACGUCACGACCCCGUGACCCACGGGCACGUGGGCGCGCGCGCUCGUCGUUUGUUUUCCCGCGCGAAAGCGAGGCCUUCGACUCGCUACGCCGUUACAUUUAAAAAAAAUUGUUAUCGUAAUUACGAAACGAGUUUAAAGUGCAAACUUAUUCGAGGUUUCUUCUUUUUUUUUCCGUGAACAUCUUGAGAGGAAAUGCGGCCGAGUUGUGAAAGAAAUCUGUAAAAAAACAACCUUUGUUUUUCUUCACGUAACUCACGUAUGGAGGUACAGUGUUCUUUUGUUUAAAUCAAUUAACUCGCGGGUGUUAUUGCGUGGCAUGGUUUAAUUAUUAUGUAUUUGCAAUCAAAUGAAAGUGCAAUGUACCGUUUUCUCAAUGAUUACUGUAGUCAGUGUUGGCAGUAAUACGGUAUUCGCAAUACUGUACUGUAACACGACGUUGCUCUUUUUUCAUUUCGCUUAAAAGUGCACUUUUUACGUAACGUAUUUCAUGUGUUUAUAAUAUGCAUCAUUUAACAUGGGAGUUAAUAAAUAAACGUAACAUUUUCCAUGUGCCUAAUGUAUCUCAUUGGAUUCGGUUUUUGUAUACAGCCUUUCAUUAAAAAUCGCGACCA